UUGAAGGUUAUUCUACUUUUAUUCUACCAAAACUGUAACACAAGAUGUGACUGGAAAAUAUGAAUCCUCUGAAUUGGUUUUACCAGUUGUGGCGCCGAUGGUGUAAACUCUCAAUUACUGGGCGGAACCAUGUCUGGUGCAUUGCCCCCAGGGGUUAAUGGGAGGGGCAGUUUGGUUCCCUCACUGUAAUAAUAAUGAGAAAAGGCCCAACUCACACACAGACAGUGGGACAUUCAUGUUAAACAGGUGCCUGAGGGAGUGAGGCUGCACCUUUAUUGUGUUACAUAGUUUCCCCCCAGGGGGCAAAUUAAGGCUCCACCCUCUCGUUAUCCCAUGCUAAUUACCUGCCUUUGAUAAACAUGUGACUAUGCUAAUGAAGGGCGUUAGAGUACAGGAACCCAUCAGCCUUCCUUUCCAUAUUGUGGGAGGAACCUUUUCCCCCAAACAAAGGCCCCGCCCAUAGGGGGUGGGAUCCAAAAUGGGCUAAAAAGCUGCGGGAAUGAGAGCUGAGUUAGUUUGGGGAAGAGACGUGUGGGUACAGGGUACAGGGGCUCUGCAGGCUAAUGAGGAGACUCUGCCCAAGGACAGAAGCUCCACUUCUCUGAUUCUUUGGAUAAAGACAAGAGGCCAUUAGACCAUGCAACUUCUCCAACACCGGGAAAUCCACACAUUGGAGAGAAAAAUCUGUAUCCGACUGAGAAAAAGCUUUAGUGCAAUGAGCAUUCCCAACUCCCAGAUGGAACUUCCCUCAGUGGCACAACAUGAAUGCCCAGAAUGUGGGAAAAGAUUCUCAAAACAGAAGAUACUUAAUAUUCACCAGAAAAUUCACACAGAGGGAAACCCCUAUACAUGCACAGAAUGUGGGAAACACUUCUCUCAAAUGAAUAGUGUACGCAGACACCAGAGGAUUCAUACAGGGAUAAAACCAUUUGUGUGUAUAGAAUGUGGGAAAAGCUUUUCCCGUAAAAGCAGCCUGCAGGAACAUUUCAAAUUUCACACAGGGGAAAGGCUAUUUCCUUGUGUAGAAUGUGGGAAAAGUUUCUUUUCAAAGAGCCACCUUACCAGGCAUCACCGAGCUCACACAGGGGAGAAACCAUUUCCUUGUGUAGAAUGUGGGAAAAGUUUCUUUUCAAAGGGCCACCUUACCAGGCAUCACCGAACUCACACAGGGGAGAAACCAUUUCCUUGUGCAGAAUGUGGAAAAGGUUUCAUUUCAAAGUUCAAUCUUACCAGUCAUCAACAAACUCACACAGGGGAGAAACCAUUUCCUUGUGGAGAAUGUGGGAAAAGUUUCUUUUCAAAGAGUGACCUUACCAGUCAUCAAGAAACUCACACUGGGGAUAAACCUUUUCCUUGUGCAGAAUGUGGGAAAAGUUUCUCCGAUAAAAGAUACCUUCAGAAACACCAGAGAAUUCACACAGGGGAGAAACCCUAUGCAUGUACAGAAUGUGAUAAACAGUUCUCUGAAAUGGGUAAUCUACUCAGGCACCAGAGGAUUCAUACGGGGAUCAAACCAUUUGUUUGCAUGGAAUGUGGGAAAAGCUUCUCCGAUAAAAGAUACCUUCAGAAACACCAGAGAAUUCACACAGGGGAGAAACCCUAUGCAUGUACAGAAUGUGAUAAACAGUUCUCUGAAAUGGGUAAUCUACUCAGGCACCAGAGGAUUCAUACGGGGAUCAAACCAUUUGUUUGCAUGGAAUGUGGGAAAAGCUUCUCCGAUAAAAGAUACCUUCAGAAACACCAGAGAAUUCACACAGGGGAGAAACCCUAUUCAUGUAAGGAAUGUGGGAAAAGCUUCUCAUCCAAAAGCAGCUUGUAUACUCACCAGCGAAUCCACACGGAGGGGAAACCAUUCAUGUGCUCGGAAUGUGGGAAGAGCUUCUCCGAUGCGUGGUACCUUAAAUGUCACCAGAGAGUUCACACCGGGGAGAAACCCUAUGCCUGUACAGAGUGUGGGAAAAUGUUCAGAGUAAAGAGAGCUCUCACCCGGCACCAGAUGAGCCACACCGGGGUGAAACCAUUCACGUGCCCCGAAUGUGGGAAAAGCUUCUCCCGCAAGUGCCACCUGGAGAAACACUGCAACAUCCACACAGGGGAGAAACCAUUCACUUGUUCGGAAUGCGGGAAAAGUUUCAGUCUAAAGGAACGUCUCGACAGACAUCUUGUUAUUCACACAGGGGAGAAACCGUUGUCUUGUUCGGAAUGCGGGGAACGUUUCAGUGUAAAGGAAAGCCUCGCCAGGCAUCUCGCCACUCACACAGGGGAGAAACCAUUGCCUUGUUCCGAAUGUGGGAAAGGUUUCAUGUUAAAGGAAAGCCUCGCCAGGCAUCUCACCACUCACGUAAGUGGGAACCCAUUCACCUGCACAGAGUGUGGGAAGCAUUUUGCUUUAAAGAGUGACCUUCUGCGCCAUCACCGUAUUCACACCGGGGAGAAACCAUUCACCUGCACGGAAUGUGGGAAACGUUUUGCUUUAAAGAGCCACCUUUUGCGCCAUCACCGUAUUCACACGGGGGAGAAACCAUUCACCUGCACGGAAUGUGGGAAACGUUUUGCUCUAAAGAGCCACCUUCUGCGCCAUCAUCGUAUUCACACGGGGGAGAAACCAUUCACCUGCACGGAAUGUGGGAGUCAUUUCCGUCUGAAACGCGCGCUGAUCCGGCACCAGAGAACCCACUCCCAAAAGUGAUCUCUGGUUUUGCCCAGAAUGGAGCUUCUCUAAUAGAUCAGCCAUACGAGCAGGGUCAUUAUGUGGGGGGCAGUCGUCUUGGGCCCAGUGGGUUUAGGGGGUACUAUUAGCUGGGGGGCCCUAUGGGACGGGAGCUUGGGUGCCAGUAACAGCUUUCUGUGAAGUGUAAGUCCCGGUAAAGCCACAUUGGGAUUGGAUGGGCUGGAGGGGAAGUACAAACUGCAGCCAUCCAAUCCCUGUGCCGUUUUAAUGGGACUUGCUGGUUUCCCUUU